UGUAGUUUUCUAACGGACCUCUCACUCCUCUGUAAACACUGAAGUUACAAAACCUCUUUUCCUUCCCACUACUACACAAACCGAAACAGCUGCUGCGUCAGAGAAGAAGCAGCCUCGGGUUCCUCUGCUGCCGAGAUUGGUCACACACUGGCUCCGAUGGCGAUGGAGAACUUCAGGCAGUUCCUGGUCGCUCUGUUCGCCGCCGUCCUCUUCGGGGUUGUCUCCAUAAUCUUCGUGUUGGUUUGGGUUCUGCAAUACAGGGAAGGUUUAGCCUGGGAUGGAGCUCUGGGCGAAUUCAACUGGCAUCCGCUGCUAAUGGUCACAGGGUUUAUUUUCAUUCAAGGAAUAGCCAUCAUUGUCUACAGGCUCCCCUUCACCUGGCAGUGCAGCAAACUGACGAUGAAGUUCACCCAUGCAGGCUUGCACUUAGUGUCCUUCAUUCUUGCUGUUAUAUCUGUGGUGGCCGUUUUUGACUUCCAUAAUGGUGCAAAAAUCCCCAACAUGUACAGUCUGCACAGCUGGCUGGGCCUGACAGCUGUCGCACUGUACUGUCUGCAGCUGGUCCUUGGAGUUGGCAUAUACUUGAUACCAAUUACUCCGGUAUACUGGAGAGCAGCGGUUAUGCCCCUCCACAUCUACAGUGGUCUAUUUCUCUUUACCAGUGUUGUCGCUGUGGCACUCAUGGGCAUCACAGAGAAACUCAUUUUUGGCCUGAGUGACCCAAAGUAUAAAGACUUGCCUCCGGAGGCAAUUUUUGUGAACGUUCUGGGACUCCUCCUGGUGAUUUUUGGAGCUCUGAUCCUCUGGAUUGCCACUCGACCCUCUUGGAAACGCCCCAGUGACCAGGUCUUGCAUACCUUGCAUACCAACGGGGGAGGUGAGGACAACACCAAAGUGGGUCCAUCCCUGUCUCAGCUGACGGAUGGAGCUGAUUCUGAGACUACUGGGGAUGUCAGGAAGAGGAUCAACAAACUAGACAGAGCAGAUUCAUUGAUUGCAGAAUAAAUGAGUUGGGGGGGCUGAAUGUAGAAUAUGUUAACCCAGUCUGCACUAGUGUGAGAGGGUGUGCUCAUCUUUCCUUAGAUUUCAUUUUGUUGGCACCUUGAGCUUGUUCCUGUUUGCUUGAAGAUGUAUUGUUGCGAGUGCAUAGUGCAAUAGUGGUGUGGUGGUUCAAUAUACACUGUAUAAAUAAUCAUGACCGAUUUUCUAUAAUCUCAUUGCUUUGUAUUUUGAUGUGUGGGCUUUUAAAUUUUGAGAGCAUUUCUAUAUAUUUACAAUAAAUACUGGACAUUUCUAA